AUGGAAUUUCUUGGAACCAUUCAGACAGCGAGUUAUUGUGGCUCCAAGAAAGACUAUGGCUUUCAGUGGCCGCCCUCUACUGGGCAGGACCCUAUGGUACAGGAUUGCUUCCAACCCUUUCACCUGCCCCGGUGCCGCACUGCAUGGAGACCCAGAGUCUUCUACAAUAUCGCUGCCACCCAGAAAAGCCCGGAGGAUUGCGCAGGCGACCUGCGGCCGUCCACUACCCUGCCCUCGCUCAAUCCCCCGCACUUCAGUCGCUAUACCCAACGCGAAUGGGACCGCUCCAAUGAUCUUCUGAUGAGUGUUGCGGAGGCAUCGCGGCUCCGGGCCAGCCGGCUGACAGACGACUCCCUGCGGAUUAUGCAUGAUAAGGACCAGCUGUUACGCCAGAUGCAAGAGGGAACCUCCCGGAACCUGGGCCAGAGGCUAUCCGACAUCCGCUUCUGGAAGUCCGGGUUGUGCCAUGAGCGGGACAUGCUUAUGGCGGAGAACAACAGCCUGAAUACCCUCAGGAGGCGCUUGGAGUGCGCCGCUGAGGAGGUGAACUGCCCCCUGCAGCUGGCCCUGGACACUCUGUACAAUCAGGAAAGAAGGAUCGGGAUUGACUUGGUCCAUGAUAACAUGGAGAAAAACUUUAUCCGGGAAGCAGAUUUACUAAAAUGUUGCCAAGAUCAGAUGAGAAAAUUAGCUAAACGAAUUGAUUUCCAGAUGCAAGAUAAUCGAGAUGCUCAACACGUCCUAGAGCAGGACAUCGAAGACAAGAGCUCUGCACAGUCUAUUGACGAGAGAUGUUUAAACCUAAAUAGCACAUCUGACUUCAUCAGCUUCUUCCAUGGCAUGGAGAAGUUUGACGAAACGGUCUCCGUUCCUGAAACCUGGGCCAAGUUCAGCAAUAAUAACAUCAAACACGCUCAGAAUAUGCGCGCCAAGUCCAUCCAGCUGCGGGAGGAGGCAGAGCACCUGUUUGAGACCUUGUCAAACCAGAUGUGGAGGCAGUUCACCAACAUCAACCUGGCCUACCAGGCUGCCCAACCUGGAGCUCUACAGGGAUUUACCGCAGUUCAGGCUCGUGGCAAACACCAAAUACGACCCAGCAGCUGCAGACCAGUUUUCUAG